UAUAAGUACUAAGUCACUUAAGCCACAGAUAGAAGAUGAAGCCCUCCCCGCAAGGACCUAUGGGUAAACUAAUAACCUCCCUGUGUCCUUAAUACUGUAUGUUUUGCUUACUGUGUGUCAGCUGUUCUAUACAUCUCAGCCUCUCUGUAGUGUGACAUGAGGCAGCUAUAGGAGAGCUAAUCCUCUGUGGUCCAGCUUCCUCCCUCCCUCGCGCUCCUGACGAAGGGCAAAUCGAGGUGCUCAUCUCCCCCUCGCGCGCAGCUGCUGGAGACAGCGCAGCAUCCUCUGCACGCUCCACGGCGCGCGACCUCUCUCCUGUGGGUUGAACUCGGAAGAAGCACUCGGAUGGACGGAAAGAGGACAACUUGUACGUCGCACCUGUGGCACGUUUCAAAAUGUCCAACAAGGUGAUUAAACCUCCGGAACUUGUCUAGAAGUCCAUUUUUUGGCGCUAAACUUUGGAUUCUGGUGAUAAAGACGCACUUUUUUCCUUGUCCUGCUGCUGGGUCGGAGUUUUUGGAUCGUCAUGAAGAAAAAACACUGAGGAUGGAUUUUGCGCGGAGAGUUUGGCUGCUCUUUCUUCUAAAACUCGAACAACUCAACUCUGGAAAUGAUGCGGUAAAUCUCAGAGUUUCACAUCUGUAAGUAAAAUCUAGUACAGGAGAAUCAGGAUGAAAAGAUGGCAACCAUGCUGUUACCAACGGGUCCUGGUGCCUUGCGGCGGUUCACUCGCGAAUCCUUGGCUGCGCUGGAGCAGCGGAUUGCGGACGAGCAGGCCAAGAACACCAAGGAUCGCCAUGACGCUCACAGAAACGCUGAGCCACAGAAACCCAGGAUCGACCUGGAGGCAGGCAAGACGCUGCCACGAAUCUUCGCUGACAUCUCUCCAGAUCUUAUCGGGGUGCCACUGGAGGAUAUCGAUCCGUUCUACUACAAGAACCAGAGGACUUUUAUAGUAGUAAACAAAGGGAAGGCCAUCUUCAGAUUCAGCUCCACAUCUGCACUUUACAUAUUAUCUCCUUUUCACUUCAUUCGGUCCAUAGCCAUGAAAAUAUUAGUUCAUUCGUUAUUCAGCUUGUUCAUAAUGUUCACUAUCCUGACCAACUGUUUCUUCAUGGCCAUGUCUGAUCCGGCACCAUGGACCAAAUACCUGGAGUAUACUUUCACUGGCAUUUACACUUUCGAGUCAGCAAUAAAGAUAUUUGCCAGAGGAUUCUGUAUAGUACCGUUCACCUUUUUGAGGGAUCCAUGGAACUGGUUGGACUUCUCGGUCAUUGUCAUGGCAUAUGUGACAGAGUUUGUAGACCUGGGAAACGUCUCAGCUUUAAGAACCUUCAGAGUACUACGAGCACUGAAGACCAUCUCGGUUAUCCCAGGUCUGAAGACAAUUGUUGGCGCUUUGAUCCAGUCGGUGAAGAAGCUGGCAGACGUGAUGAUCCUGACCGUCUUCUGUCUCAGCGUGUUCGCCCUCAUCGGUCUGCAGCUUUUCAUGGGGUUGCUCCGACAGAAGUGCAUCCGCAGCCUCUCGCAUUGCAUCAACUCCUCCUACAGCUCUAACGCAUCCUUCAUCUGCAACAACAGAACCUGGAGCUCUAGGACUGAUUUCCUUACCAGCGAAGAUAAUUUUUACAAAGUGGAAGGAGCAAAGGAUGCCUUAAUAUGUGGAUAUGGAAGUGAUGCAGGAAAGUGUCCUGAUGGAUUUGACUGCCUAAAAAUAGGGAGGAAUCCAAACUACGGCUACACCAGUUUUGAUACGUUCGGCUGGGCUUUCCUGGCCCUCUUCAGACUCAUGACGCAGGACUACUGGGAGAAACUGUUUCACCAGACUCUGCGCUCAGCAGGGAAGACCUACAUGGUUUUCUUUGUGCUGGUAAUCUUCUUGGGCUCCUUCUACCUGGUCAACCUGAUCCUGGCUGUGGUGGCCAUGGCCUACGAGGAGCAGAAUCAGGCAACCAUCGCUGAGGCCUGGCAGAAGGAGAGGGAGUUUCAGCUGGCUAUGGAGCACCUUCGCCGAGAGCAAAGAUUAGCAAAAAGACAAGCACAGGAGACAGACUCUGUGUUGUCUCCAGAGAUGUCGCCGUUCUGUCUGAAAGCAGGGAGCAUUCGAAGAAGCAGCAGCAGAAGAAGACGGUCCUACAGGACAUUGUCGGAAGAGACUGGCGAGGAAGCUGCUGAGGAGAAGUUUGACCCCCUGGAUGAGCCAAUGCCUCCAUUGUCUCCCCUCCCAGCCCACCCUCUGCUGGCCACGCUCUCCUCUCACCCUCUUAGCACCCGGAGAGGAAGCCAAGUCAGCAUCUUCAGCGCUUUCCGGGUACGUAACAACUCAGAGGCCGACUUCGGGGAUGACGAGUACAGCAUUCAUGGGGACGCCUUUAGGAGUCGCGCCAAUUCAACAGCAACACCCUGGAAAAGAAGGACGGGCAGUGUGAGGAGUCACUGCUCCCAAAUCUUUACCACCAACGUCAACAUCAACGGACGGCUCAACAUCUCCCUAGACCAGAACGGAGUCACCACUACAGGAUUUCCAACCCCUUCAUACUUACCUGCCUACAGCAUGGAGAGGGUCAGGGAAGACACAAAGCCAUUUGGUACAGAGGAAACACUUCCCAAACUUAUCCUCCAGCCUUCUCCAACCGUGACCGAUCCUCCUCCAGUGACCAGGAAAAGAGGGCUGAGCUCUGUCAGCUUUUUCAGUGAUGCCAUGGAGGAGCUGCAGGAGUCGAGACAGAAGUGUCAUCCCUGCUGGUUAACGUUUGCCAAGAAGUACCUGAUUUGGGACUGCUCCCCCUGGUGGCUGAAGAUAAAAGAGUUGGUGAAGUUGAUGGUGAUGGAUCCUUUCCUGGACCUGGGUAUCACCAUUUGCAUUGUGCUAAACACCCUCUUCAUGGCCCUGGAGCACUACCCAAUGACUGAAGAGUUCAACACCAUGCUCUCAGUGGGGAACCUGGUGUUCACAGGGAUCUUUACAGCUGAGAUGGUGCUGAAGCUGGUUGCUAUGGAUCCCUACUAUUACUUCCAACAGGGCUGGAAUAUCUUUGAUGGUGUCAUUGUUUGCCUCAGUCUGAUGGAGUUGGGUCUCUCGAAUGUAGAGGGACUGUCUGUCCUUCGAUCAUUCAGACUGUUGCGAGUUUUCAAGCUGGCUAAAUCGUGGCCGACUCUCAACACUCUCAUCAAGAUCAUCGGGAACUCAGUGGGUGCUUUGGGGAACCUGACGCUGGUGCUGGCCAUCAUCGUCUUCAUCUUUGCCGUGGUGGGCAUGCAGCUGUUUGGAAAGAACUACCAGGACUAUGUGUGUAAGAUCGCCAUAGACUGUCAGCUGCCUCGGUGGCACAUGAAGGACUUCUUCCACUCGUUCCUCAUCGUGUUCAGGGUGCUGUGCGGCGAGUGGAUCGAGACCAUGUGGGAUUGUAUGGAAGUGGCUGGGCAGCCUCUGUGUAUCCUGGUGUUCAUGUUGGUGAUGGUCAUAGGCAACUUGGUGGUGCUGAAUCUUUUUCUGGCCCUGCUGCUCAGCUCCUUCAGCUCUGACAACCUCUCCGCUCCAGAUGAAGACGGUGAUUUGAACAACAUUCAGAUCGCCAUCGCACGCAUCAAUGCCGGUGUCUCCUGGCUCGUCACCAACAUUUCCAACCUUUUCAACCGCAGUUUCAGGCGUAAAAAGCAGAAGGACAAAGAAGUCAGCCUGGACGUCAAGAAAGUAGGAAAUCACGUGGAAAGCAAUGGUGGAGUAUUUGGACGCUACGGAGAGAAGUACGUCAUUCCAGAGGAGGACAGCUACAUAACAAACCCAAACUUGACUGUCAUUGUUCCCAUCGCGCCUGGAGAGUCUGAUGUGGAGUUUCUAGAGGAGGAGGAGAUUUCUGAGUCAUCAGAGGAUGAAGACAACAAACCUGAGGAGGUCAGCCUGUCAGAGGGCAGCACAGUGGAUCUGAGGAAACCUGGAGAUGAGAUGGACAACUUUUCAGAGCUGGAUGAAGAGAGCAUGGAGCCGGAUGAAUGCUUCCCAGAAUUUUGCAUGAGGCACUGUCAGUGCUGCCACAUCGACACCACAGUCGGACUGGGACAGGCCUGGUGGAGGCUGAGGAAGACCUGCUACCAGAUUGUGGAGCACAGCUGGUUCGAGACCUUCAUCAUAUUCAUGAUCCUGCUCAGCAGUGGGGCUCUGGCCUUUGAAGACAUCUAUAUUGAGAAGAGGAAAAUAGUGAAGGUGGUGCUGGAGUCUGCUGACAAGGUGUUCUCCUACAUCUUUGUACUGGAGAUGUUCCUCAAAUGGAUCGCAUACGGCUUUAAGAAAUACUUCACCAACUACUGGUGUUGGCUCGACUUUCUUAUCGUGGAUGUGUCCUUGAUAAGUCUGGUAGCUAACUCACUGGGGUAUUCAGACUUUGCUGCCAUCAAGUCCCUGAGGACCCUGCGAGCUCUGAGACCUCUCCGAGCUCUGUCCAGAUUUGAGGGCAUGAGGGUUGUUGUGAAUGCUCUAAUCGGAGCCAUCCCCUCCAUUAUGAACGUGCUGCUCGUGUGUCUCAUCUUCUGGCUCAUCUUCAGCAUCAUGGGCGUCAACCUGUUUGCUGGCAAGUUUGGGAAGUGUGUCAACAGGACGGGUUUCGUCCACAGCAUCUCUAUAAUCAACAACAAGUCUGACUGUCUCAAUAUGAACGACACACAGUUCUACUGGACCAAAGUGAAGGUCAACUUUGACAACGUCGGACUCGGAUACCUUUCCCUUCUGCAAGUGGCAACUUUCAAAGGAUGGAUGGAAAUAAUGCAUGCAGCUGUUGAUUCAAGAGGAGUGGAGGAACAACCCAUCAGAGAAAUCAACCUCUACAUGUACCUCUACUUUGUCGUCUUCAUCAUAUUUGGCUCCUUCUUCACCCUCAAUCUCUUCAUUGGUGUCAUUAUUGACAACUUCAAUCAGCAGAAAAGAAAGUUAGGUGGACAGGACAUCUUCAUGACUGAGGAGCAGAAGAAGUACUACAAUGCUAUGAAGAAGUUGGGAUCUAAAAAGCCUCAAAAGCCAAUACCAAGGCCUGGGAAUAUGCUACAGGCCUUCUUCUUCGAUCUCGUCUCCAAGCAAGCCUUCGACAUCAUGAUCAUGAUGCUCAUCAUCGUCAACAUGGUGACCAUGAUGGUUGAAACUGACGAGCAGUCAGAGCGCUCGGAGACCAUCCUGAAUAAGAUCAACCUGGUCUUCAUUGUGAUCUUCACCACCGAAUGCCUGAUCAAGAUCAUUGCCCUUCGAUGUUACUUCUUCACAGUUGCAUGGAACAUCUUUGAUUUUGUGGUGAUUGUUCUGUCUAUUGUGGGUAUUGUUCUUGCAGACAUCAUUGAGAAAUACUUCGUAUCUCCAACCCUGUUUCGAGUCAUCAGACUGGCAAGGAUAGGACGUGUACUUCGACUUAUACGUGCAGCCAAAGGAAUAAGGACUCUACUGUUUGCCUUAAUGAUGUCCAUGCCAGCUCUGUUCAAUAUCGGCCUCCUUCUUUUCCUUGUCAUGUUCAUUUACGCUAUAUUCGGUAUGGCGAACUUUGCUUACGUGAAAAAACAGGAUGGGAUUGAUGACAUGUUCAACUUUGAAACCUUUGGGAAUAGUAUGAUCUGCCUUUUUCAGAUCAGCACCUCAGCAGGUUGGGACAACCUCCUGAGUCCUAUAAUGUCCAGCCCCCCAGAAGAGUGUGAUGUAAACUUUGUCAAUACUGGCACCAACACUCGGGGGAACUGUGGCAGCCCCUCUGUGGGCAUAGCUUUCUUCGUGAGUUACAUUAUCAUUUCGUUCCUCAUUGUGGUAAAUAUGUACAUAGCCAUCAUUCUGGAGAAUUUCAGCGUUGCCACAGAGGAGAGUACAGAGCCACUGAGCGAGGAUGACUUUGAAAUGUUCUACGAGGUCUGGGAGAAGUUUGAUUCGGAGGCCACACAGUUCAUCGAGUUCCCCAUGCUGUCGAGCUUUGCCGACACUUUGUCAGAGCCUCUGCGAAUAGCCAAGCCCAACAUGGUUAAGUUAAUCUCCAUGGACCUUCCCAUGGUCAGCGGGGAUCGGAUCCACUGCUUGGACAUCCUGUUUGCCUUCACAAAGCGAGUCCUCGGAGAGUCCGGUGAGAUGGAUGCCCUCAAGCAGCAAAUGGAAGAGAAGUUCAUGAUGACCAACCCCUCCAAGGUUUCCCAUGAGCCCAUCACCUCCACACUGCGCCGCAAAGUGGAGGGGGUGUCUGCGGUCAUCAUCCAGAGGUCUUACAGGAGGCAUCUGGUGCGGCGGCAGUUGAAGCAGGCAUCCUACCUCUACAGACAGAUCAACUAUGAGACUGUGGUGGACGUGGAGUAUGCUCCAGCAACAGAAGGCCUGAUGGCCUCUUUGUUACAUCACUAUGGACCUGUGGGGCUAGAGGUUGUAGAGACAACAGAGGACCCUCUAUUGUCCUCACCACCAUCGUAUGACAGUGUGACACGGGCUGCCGGUGACUUGUCUGAGGUUUUCAGAUCAACGCCCAGAGACUCUGAACCUGCAGAGUCUGGUGAAAACUACGAAGAAACGUUUCUCUGAGACUCCUCUGUGCGGUGAGGGACGGCUUGGCUUCUGUCUGUUUUGUUUACAGAGAACAUAGCACAGGAAAACUUAUGGUCAGGGAGAUGAACUUUUUUUAUAUGUUAGUCCAAACUAAAGAAUGAUGUAAUAUUUUUAUAGAUCUCAAAACCUCUUUUCAAAUUCAGAAACCCAGAAUUAAAUUUUGUUACACAGUCACAACUUCCAACAGAGAGGGAGGACUCGGAGGUUAAACUUGUCCUCAUAUCCACUUUAAAUUAUAUGUGUUAUGGUUACUUCAUAGCACCCAAAAAAAAAAAAAAAAACAUUAUAUAUGUCAGGAAUGUUUUUCAUACUUUAUAUAAAUGGCAGCAAAGAUGGGCCUGUCACAUUACAACUCCUAGCAAUGUUGGAUGUUAGCUCAAUAACGAGCUUGUAUGCACUCAAUUGAUAUUUCUGUUGACACAAUUUCACAUCAAUCUCAUCAUUAACAAACACUCCUUAACAUUUGCACAGUACCCUCUAGUAAAUUAUCAACUCAAUGACAAGGACAGUGUAAAGGGACCAACAAAAUUGAGCUAGCUUAGAAAGUAAAAAAGCUAACACAAAACGAGCUAAACAUUUUAUUUUAGAGAACAUCACUUUUUCAGAAUAACACUUUCAAGCUGUUGUGUCUGUCGACGUUUUUAUACUCUCUGUCAAAGUAAUUCAGUCUUGAGGUUUUGAAACACUUUAGCAGGCAUGUUUCUCCCUUGUUGACCAGAAAUCUGCUUUGAGCUAAAAGCAGAAUAUUGAACAGGAAAACAUUUCCCACAUAAAACCUAAACAGCUUAUGGCUUAUUCAGGUGUCACUAAUAUGAUUUAACCAAAGCUAAACUUAAAACCACAAAUUGAAGUAAUACACUCAGACAACUUGGGAGCUAGUCCUGCAGAGAUCUUAGCUUUUACAAACCCAUUUCUAAGAAAAGAUGUGGGCGCUGUGUGAAAUGUUAAUAAUAACUGCAUUUGUUGGUUUGCAAAUCAUUUCAACCCUUUAUAUAAUUGAAAAUAUUGCAAAGACAACAUAUCAAAUGUUGAAACUGAAAUAUGUUAUUGUUUCAUGAAAGAUAUAAGCCCAUUUUAAAUUUGAUGCCAGCAAUGUGUCAUAACAUUUGGGACAGAAGCAUGUUUACCAUCGUGUUGCAUCACCUCUUCUUUUAGCGACACUCUGUAAACGUUCUGGAGCCGAAGAGUUUCUGGCGUUCUGAAAGUUAAAUGUUGUCCCAUUCUUACCUGAUAAAGGAUUUUAGCUUCUCAA